UGAAAUCAUUCUCCCAAAUUCUCAUGAAAACAAACAAACAUGAACUCCAGAAUGAAAAUUCUACUUUCUUCUUCAGGAUUUUCCCACUUCUGCUUCAUUUUUUUCUUUUUAUUUCGCAACUCCACUGCGCUAGUUACUGACGCUGAUGAAGUGAAGGCAUUGAACUCAAUAUUUCAAAAAUGGAAUACACAACCAGAUCCAGGCGCGUGGAACAUAAGUGGAGAGCCAUGCGGUGGAACUGCCACAGAUGCAAAUGCCAGCUUGGAUGACCACAAUCCUGCUAUCAAAUGUGACUGUUCCUUCGAAAAUAAUUCGACAUGCCAUAUCACUCAGCUGAGGGUCUUUCGACUGGAAAAAACAGGAGAAAUCCCAGAAGAACUAGCGGCUUUGCAAUUUCUGACACAUUUUAAAAUUAAUCUAAAUUACUUCUACGGUCCCUUGCCUGCGUUUAUUGGAAACUUAUCUCGAUUGGAGGUUUUAGAGCUUAGCGACAAUACCCUUUCAGGGCCUCUCCCAAAGGAACUUGGAAAACUUAAGAAGUUAACUUUUCUGGCUAUAGGUUCCAACAAUUUCUCUGGAACACUGCCUCUUGAACUGGGAUUCUUAUACAAACUAGAGGAAAUUUACAUAGAUAGUUCUGGAGUGAGCGGUGAAAUUCCCUCGACUUUUGCUAAUCUUCGAAACAUGAAAAUAAUGUGGGCAUAUGAUUGUGUGUUGACAGGCAAAAUACCAAAGUUCAUUGGGAACUGGAACAAUCUUACAGUGUUGAGAUUUGGAGGGAACUCACUUGAAGGUCCUAUACCAUCCAGUUUUUCUAACUUGACCUUAUUGAAGAAAUUGCAAAUCAAUGACUUAAACAAUGUUAGCUCGUCUCUAGAUUUCAUUAAAAAUAUGAAGAACUUGACUUAUUUAUCUCUAAGAAAUGCUCUGAUUAAUGGUAGCAUUCCAUCUUACAUUGGAAAAUAUAAGAGUUUACAGACUCUGGAUUUGAGUUUCAACAAUUUAAGUGGUCAAAUCCCUAGUGCUUUGUUCAGUAUUGAUCCUCUUACUCAAUUGUAUCUUGGAAACAACAGUCUGUCAGGAGGACUUCCUCAGCAAAAAGGUGUAAAACUUCAAACUGUAGAUUUUUCUUACAAUUAUCUAUCAGGACCUUUUCCGGAGUGGGUGAAUAAUGAUAUAACGUUGAAUCUAGUGGGCAACAACUUCACAUUUGACAGCUCGAACAUCAGUGAUUUCUAUGGAUUGAACUGUCUCCAGAGAUACUUCCCCUGCUAUAGAAAUGCUCCACGCUAUUCACAUAUAGCAAUCAACUCUGGUGGCAAAAAGUUUGCCAAGUAUGAAGCCGACGAUACAGAUAUCGGUGAAGCUUCUUUUGUUGUACUUAAUUCGGAAAAAUGGGCAAUUAGUAAUGUGGGUUUUUUGUUUACUGAGGGAGGACAAGCAUUAAACACACUAGCUCAAAAUACCGGAACCAAAGUAAUUAACAGUAACACUACACCCCCAGAUCUUUAUCAGACUUCAAGAAAAUCGAUUGGCUCACUUAGAUAUUAUGGACUUGGUCUUGAGAAUGGGCCUUACAAUGUAAGCUUGUUCUUCGCCGAAAUAGUUUAUGAAGAUCGAGACUCAAGAAAAUGGGGGAGCCUUGGAAGGCGUGUUUUUGAUAUCUAUAUCCAGGGAACUCGUCGGUGCAAAGAUUUUGACAUAUCAAAGGAAGCAGGUGGGGUUAGAAGAGCAAUUAGGAAGAGCUUUAAUGCUAAUGUGACUGAGAACCAUCUUGAAAUUCACCUAUUUUGGGCUGGUAAAGGGACCUGUUGCAUACCUGGAGAUGGUAGUUAUGGACCAUUAAUUUCUGCUCUUAGUGUCACUCCAGAAUUCCGACCAACUGUUGGUAUUGAACAAAAGAACCAGAUUAUGUUGAUUGUUGGUAUUGCAGUCCCUCUUUCAAUUUUGGGCUUCACACUGAUGGUUUUAGUUUUUUAUACGAGGAUGAAAGGAGACAAUAAUGAUGCGGAAGUGUUACUAGGAAUACGACCUAAACUGAAAACUUUCAGUUAUGCUGAGUUGAGAUCUGCAACAAAAGACUUCAACCCUUCAAAUAAGCUAGGAGAGGGAGGAUUUGGACCUGUGUACAAGGGUGUGCUUUCUGAUGGAAGGAUAAUAGCUGUGAAGCAACUUUCACUGGAAUCCCACCAGGGGAAAAAUCAGUUUAUUAAUGAGAUUGCUUCCAUAACUGCAGUGCAACAUCGCAAUCUUGUGAAAUUGUAUGGAUGUUGUAUUGAAGGAACUAGGCGCCUACUUGUUUAUGAAUAUCAUGAAAACAACAGUCUUGAUAAAGUAUUAUUUGGAAAUAUGAGGUUUCAUCUCGACUGGCCUACCCGAUUUAAAAUAUGUUUGGGAACCGCAAAAGGUCUAGCAUAUCUUCACGAGGAGUCAGAACCAAAGAUUGUACAUCGAGAUGUCAAAACAAGCAAUAUUUUACUUGAUACAGAACUCUGUCCCAAGAUAUCAGAUUUUGGAUUGGCAAAGUUGUUUGAUGAUAAGAAAACUCACAUCAGCACGGGUGUUCAAGGCACCAUUGGUUAUCUGGCACCAGAGUAUGCAAUGCGUGGGCACCUGACAAAUAAGGUUGAUGUAUUCAGUUUUGGUGUUGUUGCUUUGGAGAUUAUCAGUGGAAGAGCAAGCUCUCAUACUAACUUGGAUGGGGAAAAGAUUUAUCUUCUUGAAUGGGCUUGGAGUCUUCAUGAAAGCAACCAAAGUUUGGGACUGGUAGAUCCCACACUGACAGAGUUCGAUGAAAAUGAAGUUUUUCGAGUAAUAGCGGUGGGUCUCUUGUGCACUCAAGCAUCACCAAUGUCAAGGCCACCAAUGUCCCGAGUUGUGAACAUGCUUACUGGAGACAUAGAAAUUGGAGCUGUUACAUCGAAGCCAAGUUAUUUGACUGAUUGGAAUUUUAAAGAUGAAACGAGCAGCUUUAUUAUGGAUAGCGAUAUUGGCACAUCUUCAUCUACGGCAAGUUACAGCAAGAAUAAAAGUGACAAUCCAAAUGAUCUUAGCCGAGGAGUUGACCCACUAGUCUCUCCACUAAAUGUCAGCCAGUUCAGUGAUAUAAUAGCAGAGGGAAGGCUACUACCUUAUCAUGUGGUAACAGACUAUGAAGCAGAGGAAGAUGAUAGAAUCCUUGAUUCUGUCACAACAUUCCAAAUGCUUUCUCGCUCCCAGCAGUGGGAUAACAAGAUUGCUGCCAAAGUUGCGGAGUUCACAGGAACAUUGGAGAAACAGGCCCUUGCUUUUAACAUAAUAACCCUUAAGUGA